GCAUUUCAUUCCAAAUGUCCAAAUGGAUGAUUUGGAGCAUUGAUUCUUUCUUCAAUUUCUUCCGACAAUCAUGGGAAUUGAAAUUUUAUUAAAUUAAUCCCAUCAUCAACCGACUAACUAGGGCUCUUUGUCGCUGCUAUCAACUGUGUUAGGACUUAGGAGUUAGGAGUAGAGCUGUUGAAAUAUUUAUGGGAGAUUAGGGUGGUGAAUCCACUAUUGCCAUUGUGCGUCACUGUCAAAGGACCGGACGGAGCAGAUAUAAGCUGACAAAUCCUGGGAUUCGGAAAAAUCAUCUUCAGUUCUGCGUAGUAGGGAAAAUUGGAAAUGGAUAAGGUUCUCACAGUGGGCGAGAAUGUCGACAAGUUCAUGCCGCCGCCGCUGCCGCUGCCGCCGGACAAGAUGAUGAUGAGCCGUAGCCCCUCCGAGUAUGCCUUCCAGCGCUUCCUCCAGGAAGCCACCGCCUCCGUUGAUCACACUUUGUCUUCUUCACCUCCUGCUUCUUGUUCUUCUACUUCUGCUCCUGCUGCCUCUGGUCGGCAGCGGUUGCCACAGAACGACGUCGUCGAGAUUUCGGAUCGGAAUCUCGGAGCUGAUCGGGAUGUGAACUUCGGUCACGAGAGCUCCGGGGCAGAGUCGGCGACGGAAACCGCGAAGACGACGUCGUUGGGUGCGGGACCUGCCGCUAACGUUCCCAUUGGUUCAGAGGACUAUCAGACAUUCCUCAAAAGUCGUCUCUAUUUAGCCUGCGCCGCCGUAGCUUUCUCGCGUGGAAAUUGCAUGGAUCCUCAAGAUUCAGCCACCAUGUUGCCUGACAAAGGAUUAGAGGCAUCCAUUUCCAACCCAGGAUCUGUGGUCCCUCCUAAAGGAUCUGGGAAUGAUUUUCCCAAGGGGGAUGCUGAAGGGCCUGCUGGAACAUCUACCUUACCUGCAGUGCAGAAGAAAUCUAGUGCCAGGGCACAGUCAGCAAGUGGCUCAGAACCGUCUGAUGAUGAUGAAGCUGAAGGGGAAGCAGAAACAACUCACCGAACUGAUGCAAAACGUGUAAGGAGGAUGCUAUCUAAUAGAGAAUCAGCUAGACGUUCUAGAAGAAGAAAGCAGGUCCAUCUGACGGACUUGGAGACACAGGUUUCUCAAUUGAAAGUUGAAAACUCCUCUUUAUUGAAGCGUUGGACUGAAGUAAGCCAAAAACAUAACGACGCAGCAGUUGACAAUAGAAUCUUGAAAGCGGAUGUUGAGACACUAAGAGCAAAGGUGAAGAUGGCUGAGGAAACAGUUAAAAGAAUUACUGGGAUGCAUUCACUAUUCCAAACUAUGCCCGAGAUACCCACAUUGAGCAUACCAUCCUUCGUUGAUAGCCAUUCCGACACAUCAGCCGAUGCUACUGUACCGCUGCAAGAAGAUGCUGAUAACCACUACUACCAAUCCCUUUGCCAUGAUUCUAGUAUCCAGAAUGGCUUGCUGGACAUCCCUCCGGUUGAUAACGCACGACAGGAUUCUGCUGCAACAGCAGGGGUGAACAAUAUCGGAGGGAUGGCUUCAAUGCUGAGAGUGGCCAGCUUGGAAAACCUGCAGAAUCGCAUCCGCAGAGAAGCAGGAGGUUCAUGUAGAACUCAGUGCAGGAUAAGCAAAUGAUGUGCAUAAAGGGACCUAAUAUAAAUCUAAACUUUGUGCUAAAUCCACCAAAAAACUAUUUUGUGCCAUGGUUCAUGCUAGAAAAUGGUUUUGUUUUCAGUGAUGGAAUGAUUCAUUUUGCGUGAAUUCACUUGGAUAAUGUUCCUAUUCAAUAAAUUGAAUGUUCACAUCUUACGAGU